AUGUCCACGUCACGACCGGCACUAGCACGACACGCCUCUUCCCACGCCUCCGCGGCGUCCCUCACCUCGAACGACGACGGCGACAGGGAGGACACCCAUCCGUCUCCCUAUCCCGACGUCGACGCCGAUAUCGAUGACGGCGCGCUCGUACCCGUGCUCGCUGAGCUGACAUUUUAUGUCGUCCCGGCCAAGCUGGAUUUGGCCAGCACGCGCGCCCGCAUCGAGGAGCUCGGAGGGCGGGUCGUAGGGAACAAGGCCGAGGCGAGGAUCGUGGUCACGGCUCUGAAGGGAAGACCUAGGCUGGAGCGCGUUCUGGGCUCUGGAGUGGCAACCAUGGCCAACCUCCUCUCGUCGACCUUUAUAACAGACGCAUACGACCUGGCCAACUCUGCACCUCGAGGCACGAUACCCCACCUACCCAACCGUGAAGGAUAUCGCGUCCUCCGGCCGAGCGGUGCACGAACGAGCCGCGAUCCCAGCGUGGAGAUCAUCGAGCCCCCAGGCCAGGAAGGCAGGCCCGUGAAACGGGCACGGCUUGCCGACGACGCUGUCACUGGCACUGUCGCUUCUGCCUCGUCCACCUCCUCCGCCUCGUCCACCUCGUACCCGCCGCCCAAACCUGACAUGACGCCGUACCCGACCGAUAUCCGGUUCAAGGAUAUUCCCCGUCUAUGUGUGGAGCGGCCCAGUCCCUUGGACUGUGUCAACCAAGAUAUCAUUGACGCCAUCAAGCCCAUCUACCUCGAACGCGAGUUUGACGAGCACGCCCAGAAGAACAGUAACAUACUGAGCUAUCGUCGGAGCAUGAGCAUUCUCAAAUCUGUUCCGCGGCGGAUCAAGUCUGGUACUGAAGCGCGAAAACUCGUAGACGUGGGCGCCAAGGUCGCCCAGCGAAUCGACGAGUACUUGUCCACCGGGAUCGUCGCUGAAUCCGCCUCCAUCGUCUCCUCCGCGCGCUACAAGGCCAUGACGGAAUUCGCCUCGAUAUACACCAUUGGCCAAGCGACUGCAGCGGAGCUGUACCGCCGCGGCAAACUCACCACCUCGGACGUCGACGUCAUCUUCACUCCUGGUGCCGGCGACGAAAGACAAGACAAGGGAAUGAUCAAGGCGCUGUGCAGCCGUCUCUUCAGGCUCGGUAUCGUCACCCACGUCCUGCACAUGACAACGCGCGACCCCACAAACCCGUUACACUCCAACCCGUCAAACUUUGACAACCUCGACAAGGCCUUUGUCAUUCUCCGCCUACCCAAGCACACACCCACAUCUCGGGCGAGGCUACACCGCCGUGUUGACCUGAUUUGCGCCCCCCGAGAGAGGUAUGCUGCCGCCACACUGAGCUGGUCGGGAAGCAUGAUGUUUGAGCGGGAUCUGAGACGGUAUGCCGAGGACAAAGGCUACAAGUUCCGCGCGGGCGUGAUUGACCGUAACACCAACGUGGAGAUCAACUUGCCUACUGAGAGGGACAUCUUUGGCUUUCUGGGGUUGACGUACGUCCCGCCAGAACUGAGGAACGCCGAUGGCUAG